CUGAGCUCCACAUCGAUCAGUACUCAAAGCUACUCCACUCUCGGCCGAGGGACUCAGUGUCACGGCGACCCAGGACCGAGGAAGAAUCAUGGAUUCCGUGACGGUGUCGACGGCGGCGAAGCCCACCCUCCGCGUGGCGGCCUUCUGCGGCUCCCUCCGCAAGGACUCGUGGCACCGCGGCCUCAUCCGCGCCGCCGAGGAGCUGUGCGAGGAGUCCAUCCCGGGGCUGCGCAUCGACCACGUGGACAUCUCCGGCCUGCCCAUGGCCAACCCGGACCUGGAGACCGACGGCGGCGAGGGCUUCCCGCCGGCCGUCGAGGCGCUCCGCGACAGGGUCCGCGCCGCCGACUGCUUCCUCUUCGCCUCACCCGAGUACAACUACUCGGUCACGGCGUCCCUCAAGAACGCGCUGGACUGGGCGUCCAGGGGCAACAACUGCUGGGCGGACAGGGCGGCGGCGAUCGUGUGCGCGGGGGGCGACUUCGGCGGGGCCAGGGCGUCGCUCCACCUCCGCCAGGUCGGGAUCUUCCUCGACCUCCACUUCAUCAACAAGCCGGAGCUCCACAUCAGAGCGUUCGCGGAGCCGCCCAAGUUCGACGGCGAGGGCAACCUCAUCGACGCCGUGACCAGGGAGCGGCUCAAGAAGGUGCUCCUCUCGCUCCAGGCCUUCGCGCUCAGGCUCCAGCACAACAACAAGGACGACUGACUGACUCAAGAUCGGUGAUGCUUGGCAGUUGGCACCGUGUACCGUAUGUGCAUUUCCCUAAAGUUUGAUGACGUUCUGCUCCGUGCACCAGUAUUCGUGGUUCCGUGAAACACUGUAGGAAGUGUGUGCUACCUUUUGUGUAAUAAAUCGCCGAAGAAUUGCAUCGUACUGUUGAACGUGUGCGUGCGUAUGUGUUUUACCGUUGCUACUAGAACGCGAGGGCGCAUGUCUAUGUUGAGAAAACAAUAGGAAGAAAUUGAUAUUGUCGGAACAUAUGA